CUUUUUGCAGUCUUAUCAACUGUUGACGCCGCAGUGCUCGCCGUCCUUUGCUGCGAGCGGGACCGAGCGGCUCAGGGCUGCCAGAGGGGCGCAGCCCGGCCCGCACAUGCUGCGGCCGUCCCGUGCGCGCGGGCUGUGACACGGUGUGGCGGCAGCGGGAGACCCGCGCACUCGUGUGGCUCCGCAGGUGUCACCUGGCUUUGCCCACCUCUACAUGUGUACGCGCGUCGUGUCCCGCUGAGGCACUGGCAGUAGUUUAGAUCUGCCCUAAUUAAGAAAAAGAUCUCCAAUUUGGCUGCAGAAGAGACGACCAGGAGAAUCAAGUCCUGCAAUGUGUUAACCUCUGCUACCCUGGGAAAUAUGGGAUAUCCCCUCAUAUGUGAUGCAUCACCAGUGAGGAUACAGCUGCCCUGAGGCCAGCCUGGUUCUGCUGUGAGGACACAGGAGUGAAAUGGAGGUGUGAUAUACCCACGCUCUGGAUCGACACUGGAGUGACGAGCGCUCUGCGUGCAUAGGCUGGUACAGGUAGCCCAGUGCUCUGCAGCACUGGAAUGCACACAGGCUCCUGUUCAGCUCCCGCUUGGAUGCUGCCUCUGUCUGGACAUCUCCAGAGUCAGCUCUGAGACAUCAGCUGGAUGCUGUUCUGCUCCUGCUGCCUUAGCUCAACAUCACAAGGCAGUGCUUCCAAAGUCAUUCGUCGUUUGAGCUGUGCUGUGUGACAGAUGCAGGGUCUGUAAUCCAGGAUGAAUGAAUGCUACUAUGAUAAGCGUAUGGACUUCUUUUAUAAUAAGACAAACACUCACACAGCAGAUGAGUGGACAGGGCCAACACUUAUUGGUGUUCUGUGUUUUGGGACAUUUUUCUGCCUCUUCAUUUUCAUUUCGAAUUCAUUGGUAAUAGCAGCCGUGGUCAAGAACAAGAGGUUUCAUUUUCCAUUUUACUAUCUGUUGGCCAACUUAGCUGCUGCGGACUUUUUCGCUGGGAUUGCCUAUGUCUUCUUGAUGUUCAACACUGGCCCUGUGUCUAAGACAUUAACUGUUAACCGCUGGUUUCUGCGUCAGGGUCUUCUGGAUACAAGCCUGACGGCUUCCCUUGUGAAUCUCCUCGUCAUAGCGGUUGAGCGGCACAUGUCGAUCAUGCGGAUGAAGAUCCACAGUAAUCUCACAAAGAAGAGGGUCACCUUCUUAAUUAUAUCGAUUUGGGCCAUUGCCAUUUUUAUGGGUGCUGUUCCUACCUUGGGUUGGAACUGCCUCUGUGACAUUUCCGCCUGCUCUUCCCUGGCACCUAUUUACAGUAGAAGUUACUUGGUAUUCUGGAGUGUCCUAAACCUUGUUGUUUUCUUCAUUAUGGUGGUGGUUUACAUAAGAAUCUACAUGUAUGUCCAGCGGAAAACUAAUGUCUUGUCAUCGCACACUAGUGGAUCUAUUAGCCGUAGGAGGACCCCUGUGAAGCUUAUGAAGACUGUCAUGACUCUCUUAGGUGCAUUUGUUGUCUGCUGGACUCCUGGCCUGGUCGUCUUGCUGCUCGAUGGCCUGAACUGCACCAACUGUGGGAUUCAGAAUGUGAAAAGGUGGUUUCUUCUCCUGGCCCUGCUGAACUCUGUCAUGAAUCCAGUAAUUUAUUCCUACAAGGAUGAUGAGAUGUGGGGUACCAUGAAGAGGAUGCUUUGUUGCUCCUCGGAUGAUAAGAACCAGGAGAGACGCUCAUCGCGAAUUCCCUCAACUGUGCUUGGCAGGAGCACGGACACCACAGGGCAGUACGUUGAAGAUGGCAUUAUUCAAGGGACAAUUUGUGGAAAAGGAGAUCUUAGUGAAAAGGGCAACUCCUGAGUGAUUCAAGGGACUGACUUGGCUGAGAACAGGAGGGGGAAGGGAGAAGUUUUGUAAGAGCAGAUUGACUGGCAAAGCUAGUAAACAAUAUAUCCACUUCGUUCCAGAGCCUCAACUCCAGUGUUAACAAAAGUUCUUACAAAUAAUUGCCUGAUGGAAAAACACUUUGUAAUGAAGAAAACUUUCUGUGCUGCAGUCUUUCUCUUUUUUUUUUUUCUUUUCCUUUUUCUUUUCAGGUACCAGAAAUUAUUUUUGUGUGACUGGAGUAAGUACAUCUGCGAAACUUCUUUGUGCAUGGAAACAAAAUGUAAAUAACAUAGUGAGACCCUUCAGUGCAUGGCAUUCACGCUUUGAAAGGUUUCUUGAGGAGGGCUGUAGGCUGGGCUGGACAGAAUUGUGGCCUGUUUGCUUUCACUGUUUACAAAGUUCAUGAAAUAGCUCAUACUUACCUUCUCUCUUACUCCUCUUACUUUCAAGAUAGGUAGUUUGGUGGUUUAUUAAAGCUGUGCCAGAAACCCAGCCAUGAUGGGAAGACCAAAUACCUGUGCGUGUGUAUAUUCAAGUCAACCAUAAAUCGUCAGGAUUUGACAUUACAAAAAGCACAAGAGUGAAUACUACUCCCACACAGGCGUGAGUGCUGCAAGGAGACAUACUGCACACUUUGCUGCUGUCACGUAGGCAGCUGUGGAGGGUGGACUAACAGCAAAGCAGCAUGGCUGGGUUCAUUAUGCUCACUUCUUACUUACCAGAUAAUAUCAAAUGGGUGGCUCACCCCUUUUUGUAACUGCUGUGCCACCGAGGGAAAUGAUACCUGAAACCCUGUGGUAAGAGGGCAAACUUUUAAGGGCUGUUUAACUAAUAUAUGUUACACAUAGGCUCCAUUAAGCUAUUUAAAACAAAAAUUGAAGAAGAAAAAUCUUGAAAACAACAUAAUCCCUACAGGAUUACAAAGUGAUCCAGACAGGGUCAUGCAAUCAAUUCAUAUUUAGCCUCUGAUUUACAAGCAGUUCUUCCUGGAAGAUGCUUGAGGAAUGAAGAGCCAUGAGAAAAUGAGCAAUGAAGGGUUUUCAGCAUUGUGACUGAUUGUGUCCAGUGUGGAUGCGUGCAAAGCUCUAGGGUAAUGUUUUUAAAUAGUAAACUUAUCGUUUAAUAAUUGGAACAUGAAUUUCUCGGUGCUGUAAUAUAACAGGAGCUACCUGUGUUGUCCUAGAGAAGACCUGAUCUUUGGUAUUAAAUCAGGCAACCACUUCAUUUGGAAGUUUUGACCACCUGAAAUUGUUAGAGAACAUCAAGAGCAUGUUGUAUGAGUUUAAAAGAUAACCAGUUGGUAUGGUUUGGGCAAACUCUUGGCACAACUUGCAUGCAGGCAUCUGGAUUGUGCUGGCCAAAGCAGAACCAGUGCCUGGCUUAAAGGUCAAGCUGCAGUUCUGUAGAAGGCACUGGGGGAUUUCUCAGCAGGCCUAGGCUUACAAACACAGCAAGCCCUUGUUCAGGGAGCUCCCCUGUAACACAAGUUAGCUAGAAGGGGUAUGGCCUAACAUUUCAAGGUAAAUGCUGUAUUUAUGAGUAAUGCUGCAACAGUUUACAUGUGUGUGUUUGUUUGUUUUUGCCAUUAUAAUGCAAUGUUCCUGUGCAAUUACUACUUCAUUAGUUUGGUGUUGUGCUUUCUAGAGCCAGUGACAUUGCAAAGGGAUAUCAUGAAAAUGUUUGUCUCUAGAGCUACCUGCAGUGCACGGUUUUUGCUAGCUAGGCUGAAACUCAGUAUACAAAGCUAAUGGAAAAUAAAAUGCCAUUUAAAAAUAAAACACUUGUUUUGUUUCCUA